AUGUGUAGCAACUACUACCAGAGGAGCCUAAGAAGACAACCAGAUCACCAGAGACGCCCAAGCCGAACGAAUAAUCCAAGGAAACGCCAAGAUUUUGAUCCUUGGGGCGAAUGGAAGGUAUGCAUAUUCUUUGCCCUGCCGUGGAUGAUACCACUCGGAAUCUUGAUCAUCUUGGGGCCACCGGACGGGUUUAACCCCGAGUUCCGAGUCCACUCAGCUGCCCUACAGUACCCACACAUUAAUGCGACUGGCUCCUCCUCCGAAUUAACCGCAACUUGGGAUCUGACGCUACUUGCCAAAAAUCCCAACCACAAGUGGGACAUCGACUGCGACAGCCUCCAGGCCUUGCUCUUCUACAGACCCAGCGGCUACCAACAUAUUAGGGAGUGGCGGCAGGAGCACAAGGAGAAGGAGAAGGAACUCGUGGUGCUCGCAGCGACGUCCUUGGUCCCCUUCGCUUUAUCCAAGAGGAACCAAAGAGGUAUCAGUUUCAAACUCCACAUGCUCAGCGCGUACGUGGCCAAUGACGUGGUCAAAGAAAUCUCGGAUGGCAACACCACAACUUUGUCGCUCAGGUUCGGGCUUAAGCUUUCGGUUUGGUCUAGGUAUAGGGCUCAGUUGAUGAGCGACCAGAAAACUCCCUUGCCCAGAUUUGCGAGCUACUUUUGCGACCGGAUCCAAGUUCGCGUUUCCUCUGAUAAUAAUCAUAUUAAUGACACUGGGAAUUUGAAAAUAAUAAUGAAGGCUCAUCAGUCAACGGCAUGCGAUAUAAGCAAUGUAAUGUUUGAUUAG